UCAUCAUUAACUGAAAAAUAGGAAACAAUUGCAUGAAGUCAAAUAUGUGGACAAAAAAGUGAUUUAUCCUGAAAACAAACAACUAUUUUGAUCCUUGGUAUAAAUCUGAGCUUAUCACGUUUAAAUCACAUGCACAGUGGAUGAUUUCUCAUCAUGAAUCGUGCUUUUAGCAGAAAAAAAGAUAAAACGUGGAUGCAUACCCCUGAGGCUUUAUCAAAGCACUAUAUUCCCUACAAUGCAAAGUUUCUUGGCAGUACAGAAGUGGAGCAGCCCAAAGGUACAGAGGUUGUCAGAGAUGCUGUGAGAAAACUUAAGUUUGCAAGACAUAUUAAGAAAUCUGAAGGCCAAAAAACACCAAAAGUUGAGUUACAAAUUUCAAUAUAUGGAGUAAAGAUUCUAGAUCCAAAAACAAAGGAAGUCCAGCACAACUGCCAGCUUCACAGGAUAUCAUUUUGUGCUGAUGACAAAACUGACAAAAGAAUAUUCACGUUCAUAUGCAAAGAUUCUGAAUCAAAUAAACACUUGUGUUAUGUCUUUGAUAGUGAAAAAUGUGCAGAAGAGAUAACUUUAACUAUUGGCCAAGCAUUUGACCUUGCUUACAGAAAAUUUCUAGAAUCAGGAGGAAAGGACGUUGAAACACGAAAACAGAUUGCUGGAUUACAGAAAAGAAUUAAUGAAUUAGAAACAGAAAAUCAGGAGCUAAAAAACAAGGUACAAGAUUUGGAGAACCAGUUAAGAAUAACCCAAGUCCACACAUUGCCACUGCUGCACAUACAGUCUGAUUAUGAACGCCACUUGUUUCAAAGACCUUCUACCCUUUUCUGGUAUAACAGUGACGAUUCUCCUUGCUUAGAUAUUUCUUCCAUUACGCUCACUCCUGUGAGUUCUCCUGACUCCAGACAGUCAUCUCAACUAUUUACACUACCACCUUCCAAAAAUGGUCUUCCAAAGCCAGCCCAUGAACACAGCAUCCCAAGACCUCAUGCAGGCAGUGUGACCCCAAAAUCUCCUUCCACCGACAUCUUCGAUAUGGUUCCGUUUUCUCCCAUAUCCCCUAAGCCAUCAACUCCUACACGCAAUGGCACACAGCCCCCACCAGUGCCCAGCAGAUCUGCAGAAAUCAAGAGAGACCUUUUUGGAGCAGAGCCUUUUGACCCAUUUAGUUGUGGAGCAGGAGAGUUCCCUCCAGAUAUUCAGUCCAAACUGGAUGAGAUGCAGGAGGGGUUCAAAAUGGGACUGACUUUGGAAGGCACAGUGUUUUGCCUUGAUCCUCUAGACAGCAAGUGCUGAUGCCAGGAAUAGACAUUUUAAAAAUAUAUUAUCUUUCUUUAUUUCUUUUUACAAAAAUUUAAAAUGUAUUACAAAUAUUAUUGAUGUGCCAAAAAUGUUUUCAACAUGUUAUCUUCUGUGAGAUUUGCUUCUUUAAAACUCCAGAUAAGUUGCAGUAUUAUUCCUGUAAAAUGAAAAUUUACUCGUGUGUAGAAAGCCAAAAUGAAAUCACACUGCUGUUUGUUUUUUGUCUUCCGUAUUUUGCAAGCCAUUCUUUAUAUCUUUUGGCAAGUGACUUGCACAGCAUGGCAAUCCAUCAUAACCUGUGAAAAGUCUUUUUAAACUUUCUUGCAUACCACUUUCUGAUAGCAAACAAGCCUUUGGAAUUAUGAUUGAAAAGAACAACUUUUAAAAUAAAAUCCCCUCAAUUGGUUUCUAAAUUCCAGACAAAUGUGUCAAUAUUUACACACUCCUGUAAAAAAUUACAGUGAGACUGAAAACCAUAGUGUAUUCUGCACUUAUAUAGCAUAGCAUCCUAAUAAAUUAUUAUUAAGGGCCACAAAUCAAGCUAGAUUUCUAAUAAACUGCAGGGCCCCCAAUUCAGGUUAAUUUUGUGAGUACGCAGCAUUUCUGACUUAGAAGUAUAUGUUAAAGGCAACCUCUGUGCUCUUCAGACGCAUUGUGUUUAAGAUGUGUCUACUAAAUGGAAUGACUAUUAUCUAGAUUAAUAUUUUUACAACUGCAAUAUUUAAUCUGAAACUAUGCCAAAUAUUAAUAUACCAGUUAUUUUCGAUUAUUUUGUAAUUUAAAAAGCAGUCCCUAAAGACUUAUAAACCUUUGAUUAGAUUUUUCACAUUCCAGAGGGUACUUGGAAAUUUAUACGCAAGAACUGCAUUUUUCAGUAUCAAUCAUAUAACAAAUAAUUAACUAUUUUGAAAACUCCCCCCACCCCCGUGUACAUAGGAACAUGCCCAAUGCUCUGCAGUAUUUUUAGAAUUGGGGGUCCAACAUGGUAUUUCUCAACAAAGCUUAUUUGAAAAUCCUUUUGAGUUCAGUGAAAGUUAAUUAAAAGUGUGCAUGCUUAGGGCACUGCUUGUGGUGCAUGUUAAAUUGCUGUGUAAAUGGCACAUCUCACUCUAAUUGCAAGGAUUCAGUUACAUUAGUGAUGGCUUUCAGAAACUAAACCCAUACAUAUCUUGAAAUCACACCUCCUAAGAAUUUAGAAAGUCUCUUUUUAGGAUGUUAACUGCCUGGAAAUUGGCCUGAGGCCAUUCAUGGAAUUGUAUUAUUUGGAUUGAGGAGGUUUGGCCCUUUCAGCUGCCUUGGGCGAUCACCCGAUAAGUCUGUGCAAACUGCUUGGAAUAUAAGGGUGAAAAAUGGAUAAACCAAUCUCAUUUUGCUUCCUAAUGCAAAAAAUUACAAAUGAAUAACAUGAGAAGAAAUAGAGAUAAAAGAAUUUAAGGUAAGUUCUUGGUGAAGACAGGUUAGAGGAUUAUUGUUUGUAACUUCGGCAAGGAAGCUAAUUACUGAGCAAAUCUAUUACUCUGUCUCUGCAUAGCAAUACAUGAAAUUUUGAUUGUGCAUUUCUUUGUAUUUGUAAAUUAAGUUGCUUGUUCAUUUUUUUUUUUCAUUUUUGCCAAAAGUUUGCUCAAUGUGUACAAAAAAAUUACCUUUCUGGGAAAGUUUUUCUUUCCUGUAAGGAGCCUUUCACUGUAAAGAAGAAUGGGGAAAAUGCUUUUUUUAAAUGAAGAAAGAGAAAGAGAAGUGCUUGCUCAGGAGAAAUGGGAAAGAAACAUGAGAAAUUGUUUUGCUCACUUUAUCUUUAAGGGAAAAAAACUCUAAUGUUCUGGUACUUGGUUUGCAAAACAAUAAUUUUUGAUGUUAUAUUGCAAGGUUUACAUACAUAUACACAACAUAAAAAGAAAACAUGUAUGCAAUGGUAUUAACUUUUAAAGUUUUGUUCCAGUCUCACAAGAUACUUAAGCAGAUGCCUACGCAACCUGGAAUUCUUCACAUGCUUAGAAUUAGGCAGCUGCUUAGCUGUAUAGCCUUACCGAGUCUUUACUAUAUUCUGCGUUGUGUUAAGUCCUCCUUUAUUAUUUGGUUCUUCUUUAGUAUUUGCAUGUAUAUCUAUAUCUGUGCCCUGAAUCCAGAGAGAAUGGUAUACAUUUGUACAGUGCUUCUGCACAUGUAUGGAAAAGAAUAUGAUUUCCCACUUCCCUUCUGGCUACAUAUCCUCCCAUCAUAUCAAAUCCCAUCCCAUUAGGCUCCAUUGUUUCAUGAGCAUCUUGGGGUGGUGGGUGGGGUGAGGAGAAAGAGAGCCAUUGGGAAUGACAGAAAAUCGAAGGCUGCCACUGCAAACUACCACAAAUGACUCUUUGGAUCUUGGCCUAUGAGCCUGUCAGUAUAGAUAUAUAUGAGAUCACUAAUGAGUAGAAUAGGCUCUGUAUCAUAGAGAGACAUCGAUAAUUUCAUCAAAUAGUAUUUUGCAGUUUGUACAAUGAGGAUGUUUAGUAGCCAUAUUAAUGGCUUUUUUAAACAAAUAGAAUUUGUAUUUUUAUCAUAAAGAAAGCUUUAUGUAAUAAGCUUAUAUUUAGGGGCCAUUUACAAUGGAUGGUAGGAAAACAUUCAGAAAAUAUUUGCACCUUUUAAGAAAUCUUUGUUUUACUGAUUUUUAUGGAAAUUGAUUUGCAGAUUGCUAAAUGUAAUCUAACUGAUCAAAAUCAGUCCAAGAACAUCUAAAUUAAUAAAGCAAGAAAUUACAUUUUUAAUGAAAACAGUUUAGAGCUUUGGUUGAAAUUUGUAUUUCUAUGUAAUCUCAACUGUCUGAUUUAUUUUGCUUCAAAUAAAUGGUUUAACUAAA